CGGCGCGCCGCCCCCGGCCCCAGGACCCCGGCGCCGCCGCGCGCCCCGCGCGCAGCCCAGGUCCAGAGCAGACACCUUCUCUGAAGAGCCUCCAAAACAUAGCGACGAGGACAUGGCCACCAAGGAGAAGCUGCAAUGUCUCAAGGACUUCCACAAGGACAUCCUGAAACCGUCCCCGGGAAAGAGCCCCGGGACGCGGCCCGAGGACGAGGCGGAGGGGAAGCCCCCGCAGCGCGAGAAGUGGUCCAGCAAGAUCGACUUUGUACUGUCUGUGGCCGGUGGCUUCGUGGGUUUGGGCAACGUUUGGCGUUUUCCGUACCUCUGCUACAAAAAUGGUGGAGGCGCCUUUCUCAUACCGUAUUUCAUUUUCCUGUUUGGGGGCGGCCUGCCCGUGUUCUUCCUGGAGGUGGUCAUCGGCCAGUACACCUCCGAAGGGGGCAUCACCUGCUGGGAGAAGAUCUGUCCCCUGUUCGCUGGCAUCGGCUACGCGUCCAUCGUGAUCGUGUCCCUCCUGAACAUCUACUACAUCGUCAUCCUGGCCUGGGCCACCUACUACCUGUUCCAGUCCUUCCAGUCUGAGCUGCCCUGGGCGCAGUGCAACCACAGCUGGAACACGCCGCACUGCCUGGAGGACACACUCCGCAGGAACAAGAGCUUAUGGAGCAACAACUACACCUCGCCCGUCAGCGAGUUCUGGGAACGCAACGUGCUCAGCCUGUCGUCCGGCAUCGAUGAAGUGGGCUCCCUGAAGUGGGACCUGGCACUCUGCCUGCUCUUCGUGUGGCUUAUCUGUUUCUUCUGCAUCUGGAAAGGCGUCAAAUCCACGGGCAAGGUUGUCUACUUCACGGCCACCUUCCCGUUCGCCAUGCUCCUGGUGCUGCUGGUCCGGGGCCUGACGCUGCCCGGCGCGGGCGCCGGCAUCAAAUUCUAUCUCUACCCCGACAUCACCCGCCUGAAGGACCCACAGGUCUGGAUCGAUGCUGGGACCCAAAUCUUCUUCUCCUACGCCAUCUGUCUGGGGGCCAUGACCUCGCUGGGGAGCUACAACAAAUACAAGUACAACUCGUACAGGGACUGUAUGCUGCUGGGAUGCCUGAACAGUGGUACCAGUUUUGUGUCUGGCUUCGCAAUUUUUUCCAUCCUGGGCUUCAUGGCACAAGAGCAAGGGGUGGACAUUGCUGAUGUGGCUGAGUCAGGUCCUGGCCUGGCCUUCAUCGCCUACCCGAAAGCCGUGACCAUGAUGCCGCUGCCCACCUUCUGGUCCAUCCUUUUUUUCAUUAUGCUUCUCUUGCUUGGACUGGAUAGCCAGUUUGUUGAAGUCGAAGGACAGAUCACGUCCUUGGUUGACCUUUACCCGUCCUUCCUAAGGAAGGGUUACCGUCGGGAAAUCUUUAUCGCCCUCAUCUGUAGCGUCAGCUACCUGCUGGGGCUGAUGAUGGUGACGGAGGGUGGCAUGUAUGUGUUUCAACUCUUUGACUACUAUGCAGCUAGCGGUGUAUGCCUUUUGUGGGUUGCAUUCUUUGAAUGUUUUGUUAUUGCCUGGAUCUAUGGCACUGAUAACUUCUAUGACGGUAUUGAAGACAUGAUCGGCUACCGGCCCGGGCCCUGGAUGAAAUACAGCUGGGCCGUGGUCACUCCGGUUCUCUGUGUUGGAUGUUUCAUCUUCUCUCUCGCCAAGUACGUGCCCCUGACCUACAACAAAGUGUACAAGUACCCGGACUGGGCCAUCGGGCUGGGCUGGAGCCUGGCCCUGUCGUCCAUGCUGUGUAUCCCCCUGGUCAUGGUCGUCCGCCUGCUGCAGACGGAGGGGCCGUUCCUCGUGAGACUCAAGUACCUGCUGACCCCACGGGAGCCCAACCGCUGGGCAGUGGAGCAGGAGGGAGCCACGCCCUACGUGGGCUCCCACAAGACCCUGACCAUGAACGGCACCCUCAUGAAGCCCACCCACAUCAUCGUGGAGACCAUGAUGUGAACCCCCUCCCCCCCGCGCCCGGGGCUGCUUCCCCGCUGUUUACUAACAUUAGAUUCUCCUAGGACCAGGUUUACAGAGCUUUAUAUUUGCACUAGGAUUUUUUUUUUUUAAUUGUCACAGAAAAUGUUACUGUGUGUAUGUGUGUGGUAUCGUGAGUAUGUGUAUUUUGUUUCCAUUUGGGCAGGGGGAAAUAUUUUGUACAAAAACAAAAUGAAACAAACAAACAAAAAGAAAAAAAAAAAACCACCUCCCACCCCACGGACCGGUGGUGUCCGACCCUGGGGGUGAGGCGGAGAUUUGUACUGAAUUAGAUGUAUUUUAUGGGAACUCGGUCAAAUUUUCUUUGUAUUUUUUUUACCAUAGGACUCUGUAGACACUUGGUUGUCAUCACUUUGACCACUUGAAUCAAUCUCGCCAGCAAUAGAUCUCAUUUUCAAAAGCAAUUCUUCGGUGCUUGUAUAGCUGGCAGAGGUCUGCCCCCCUAACCCCCGGCCCCCCACCAGCCCCCCGACAAAAAAAAAUAGCACAGGGUAGAAAUUUCCGGGGACAGCAGGGCCCGGCUGAAGGCGCGGCUCUUCCCAAACCCGGGGCGGGAGAAACUCGACCAGUGAAGAGGUCCCUGUCCGCCCCCGCAGGGCUGGAGAUGGUCCUAGCCAAGGACAUGCCAAAGUGGAUAGGCGAACGCCGAGAAGCUGGCUUCGAAGUGUGUGCAGGAAACCCCCCACCCUUGGAGACGAGGGGCACUCGCGGGGGUGUCCAAGAGGGUGGGGGGUCAUCCCACGACCCCCUUCCAUCCCCCAGGGUGGCACAGGGUAAUGAGCUUCUGGUCUUGUCCUGCCCAGGGUGCCCUCUGGGAGAACACCGGCCCCUCGGACCCUUUCCUCCUGGGCCAUGCGUGGCACUCGGGGCCCUGCAGGCCGGUCCCCCCUCAGCGGCCUGGAGCAUCUUCUUUAGAAGGUG